AUGAAAGAUAAAGUUUUCAAUUCAGACUAAUUAGUUAUAAAAAAGCAAAAUAAAUCACAAGAGAAAAAAAUUUUUAAAAAUAAAGAAAAUAAAAAAGAGUAAUAAAAAACUGAAAAAUCUUUAGUAAAAAUAAAUAUACAUAAAGUGUAUAAUAAAUAUGAAGACUAUAAACCUAUUGGCGCAUCUUCAUAAUAUUAAGCAAAUUACUAAUAGGAAGAUUUAUUAUAUACAUAAUUUGGAAAAAUGUUAAAUGAAAACCAAAUUGAUUAUAUAAAAUUAAAAACGAAAUCAUGGAAUGGAAUACCAUAAGCAUAUAGAGGCGUUGUAUGGAAAAUUAUAAUUGACUAUUAAUUAACAAAUAGAAAAUAAGCAGAAGCUUAAUUAAAAAGAUUAAGAGAAGAAUAUAAUUAAUAUGUCAAUUAUUAUUUUAAAAAUGAACUUGUCCGUUAAAAUUUUACUAUAUAAGAAUAAAAAAUGAUUAAAGUAAUCGAAGCUGAUGUUCCUCGAACUUAGCCUUAAUAAUAAAAUUUAUAAAUCGCCUUUAAUAUAGGAAAUGUUGACUAGGAUUUUAAUAAUAUGGGGUUUAAGACAUCCUGCAUGCGGAUAUGUAUAGGGUAUGAAUGA